AUGACGACGCCAACAGAGUCGGCUCUACCGCUAACAACUCCAUUCACAUUUGAAAACUGCGACCCAUCGUUGGGUCCAUAUUCAAUUAUCACCGCAACUACUUCUACCUACAGUGUGUGGACCGACGAAUAUACAUAUUACGGCAUCGAUCCAAAAGAGACCGGACGCGCAUGCUAUCCAACCGGCUGGGAUGACUUUUCUUCCACAUAUUACUCGCCCGCCACGUGCCCAGAUGGAUUUACAUUGGAUUUCGCGACCGAGGUCACGAGUGGGACCGACAUAGAGACCCAAGGAACAUGUUGCUAUUCGAACUUUGCAAUUGCUACCGCUUUUCCGGACCGGUGGAACGACUGGUGGCCAUGUGUUAGUGACCCAAUCAACAGUUCCUCAAACGAAUACGGGGACCAGACGUGGAUAUACACUGUGGCAGGCUCCAUUUCCAUCCGUUGGAGGUCGACCGACUUCACCACGACGCCGACCGUACCAACAGCCACCACUCCACUACGCACAACCGCGGUCACAAUUUUAGCUAAGGAAACAAGCUCCUCUCCUGUGAUUGAGGAGUCCGGUUUGCCUAAUGGGGCAAAGGCUGGAGUUGGAGUUGGCGCUGCUUUUGGUGGGAUUAUUCUCCUCGCCGGUAUUUUGGGAGUAUUCUUCCUUCGACGAAAUCGCAGGAAUGCCCAUGAGUCUCACGGUACUAUCGACUCGGGCUCGAGCCCAGAGAUCAAGUACGCUACUGUGAGUUCGGGUACACCCGAGUGUUCAGUCAGCACAGAACCCAGUGUGGCACCCCAGGAACUUCAUGGGUCCUCUUGGAAUCCAAUAGCGUCUUCUGCUGGAGAUGUCCAUGAACUUCCUUCAACAUCCCCUCGUGUCUGA